AUGCAAAUUGAAAGGUUACAGAGAAACACCCCUAAGGUUGCGAAAUUUAGCACACACACAACCCUCCGGAACUUGCUGCUGCAAAUGUUCUGCGGAGCUCCAUCCUACUACGCGCUACUUCCACGGGACGUUGUUCCUAAAGCGGGUUGUAUGAAUUGCAAUCCGAUGCAAAGCAGCGACGCCGCUCCGAGCCGGCUCAGCACGACUCGCGCUCUCUCGCUUCUCAGAGUUCUCCUAGCCCCGCCCAGGGGGCGGUGGGAGGAGCGUGGCCCCGCCCCCAAUCCGCCUCCUUCUCCCAGCCUCCUCCUCCUGACCAAAACAUUGACACGUGCUCCGGUCCAUCCUCGUCACGUGACGUGUGUGGGAGGUGGAACCUGGGACGUCACAACGCCCCGAGCAGCCAACCGGCGGCCGGGAUGCCGGGUGGCAACAAGCGCCGCUCAGGAGGGCCAAUGCGGGAAAAGCGAAGAAGGGGGGGGCGGAGAAACCGAAGUUCCUUGUUGUCGUCGACGUCUCGGUCAAUAGAGACAGUAUCAGCCUUGGCUGGGAGCGUUUGUGGUGAGGAGGCCGGGAAGGCGAGGUGGGGGGAGGUUGUGUGGGAGCCGUUGGAGGGGGAGAGGAGGCGGCCGUUGGAAGGCCAACGGUCCCCUCAGGGGAGAAAGGAGCAGGCGGGGGGGAGGCUGUGUCUGGCAGGGCCUGCCAAGAGGGGGUGUGUGUUGCUUUUAGCGUCUUCAUUAUUUUGGCCAAGAGUCCUUCCAGUGGGUGGGGGGCUUCAGUUUGUUCCUCUCUCCCCCCCCCCAGGUUUUACACAAAUCCUCUGGUCUCUUAAAAAAAGAAUCUGCCUCUAAAUGGCCCCCAAAGCCCCUGGCCUGUAGUAUAGCCCCCUCCCCCAAAAUGAAUGUGGUGCCCCCUCAAAAGUUAUUGGGAAGGGUACAUGUCCCAUUGCAGUGAGGGGGGUGUUGGUCCUACAGUUCUGUCCUUAGGUGUGGUUUUCUACUCUUGUGUAUAUGUAUAUAUUAUACACAGAAUAUUUUAAAUAUUAUAUGUAUGUAUGUGUGUGUAUAUAUAUAAUGUGUGUAUGUGUGUGUGUGAAUAUAUAUAUAUAUAUAUAUACACACACACUGGUACCUCGGGUUACAUACGCUUCAGGUUACAGACUCCGCUAACCCAGAAAUAUUACCUCGGGUUAAGAACUUUGCUUCAGGAUGAGAACAGAAAUCGUGCUCCAGCGGCGCAGUGGCAGCAGGAGCCCCAUUAGCUAAAGUGGUGCUUCAGGUUAAGAGCAGUUUCAGGUUAAGCACGGACCUCCGGAACGAAUUAAGUACUUAACCCGAUGUACCGCUGUAUGUAUAUAAUGUGUGUGUGUGUGUGUGUGUGUGUGUGUCGUGUAGCCAGGAGUAGAGGUCAUUGAAACUUUAUAUAUUUAAGAACAUUUCUAAAGAGAUUUAUGUUUUUAAAAUCCUCCAAGCGAUGCGCAUUGUGCUUAGUAUAAAAAUAUCAAUUAAAACAGAAAUAUAACCUAAGAACAAUAUAAAAUCAAGUGAAACAGAUUCAGAGCAUUCAUAGGAAUAAUGAUAUCCAGUCUUAUGGUUCAUAAAAGGCCUGGUAAAAUAAAUAUGUACAUUAAAAGCCUAGAGCAGGUGUUUGGGAACAAGUGAUGUUGAUCACCCUUCUUUCAUGAAGGUGAGUAAGAGGGGAUAAAGUAGGUCCCAGUGUUAGGAGUCCAGGGCCUACUAGUCACAAAUGUUGAUAACUAAAUGUAGGAGAUUCUAAUGGAGUUCUGUGUUAAGGUCCCUUCUUUAACCAAAGUGCCAUUUUCAUUUACUUCAGUUUUAGAAGACAAACAAAAACAACCCAUUGUAUCUUAAAUAAGUAUGUGUUAAAGGCAUAGAAAUAACGCUUUUGCCAAAUAUCAGCAAACUCUGUUAGUUCUAUAUGUAUAUAUUAUUUUUUAUUGACUGUGUCAAAGACACAUGCCUGGAAUUGGGCCACAGAGACUGCUGUUCUUGGUCAAGAGUUGUGGCCAGAGUUGGAUAGCAGGUGAUAGGAGUGUGGACUGUCAGAAUUUAGUUUGCAUCUUUGCUUGUUGCCAGGAGAAGGGAGUAGCUAUAAAGAAUAUGAGAUGGAAUGAAGUUGUGUGAGUCCAUUUUGGCAUCCACUGAGGUUAUAGAAGUGUGGAAAACACAGUUGUGGUUAGCAAAACUAAGGGCAAGGUGGUUGCUUGUGUAACUAGAACAUUGUUGAAUUUAAUUUCUAUAUCUUAUGAAAUGUGUGUUGUGUAAAAUAGCACCGGCCUGAAUAUUCUGCUGUUCAGUGCCAUUGAAUCUAUGUAUUAAUAUCACAAAAUUACUUAGCAUGAUGGAAGAAAGACGUUAUAUAUGUGUAUGGAGUUAGUCAGAAUAAAUAUUUUGCAACACCUAUUUUGUUGGUAAGUAUUACAGAAUAUUCUGAUCAUUAAUCCACUGACUUAGAUGGCUAUAAAAGCUAUUUAGGAGAUUUCAUGGGGGAUAAGACUCUCCAUGGCUACUAGUUAUUAUGACUAUAUGCAGGAGUUUUGAUGUUCAAAGAAAAGUGUGGUGGUGGAAGAGGAAUGUCAGAGUGAUGGACAUGGGGGGUUACAACAUAUAGUAGAUAGCAGUUUUAGGAUUGAUGAAUCCGCUUUACCCAUAUGCAGCCAUUCCUGAAACAGCCUAUUAUUUGUUUGUUUUAUUUUAUUUAAUGACAUUUAUAUUCUGUUUUAUUUAGCAAAACCUUAUUACAAGGUGACUAUAAAUAAAAUGUUAAGUGAAACAAACUACUUGUGUGUUCAGCAUAUUGUGCCAUUUAGAUCAGUGCUGAUAAAAGUGUGCACUAGUUCAGGAUACUAAUGGCAUGGCCUUUGUUCCUUUCAUGUUGCCUCCCAUCUUCUUGCAAGGAAAUGUUUAGCGUAAUACUGCACACAAGGAGGCAUGCUCUGACCAAAUUGGUUAAUAGCCAUUUAUAUUCUCAUCUUCAUGGCUGUGUCUUUUAUUUUGUUGCCAUCUUUUGCCACAAUGUUUCUCUUGAUGUUAAUUUAUAAAUAUCAUCCUGCUGACAUAACAACAACAUUGUUAAAAGUUGCAUUGAUCAUUUGUUGCCUUUAAGGAAACCAUGCCUUUUCUGGGCCAGGAUUGGCGAUCUCCAGGGUGGAGAUGGAUGAAGACAGAAGAUGGUUGGAAGCGAUGUGAGCCCUGCAGCUCAGAACUUGAGGAUGAAAACAAUCAGCUUAACAACAUCAGUCAUAAUGUGUAAGAGAAGAAAAAGAAGGGGCCCCUUCUCAUUAGCUUAAUACUGCUAUAAAUCAAUGCCUAUUUUUCUCUAGGUGGGCAUGUAUCUCAGGGCUGUAUUUAACACACAGAGGAAACCGUCUGUUUAUUUGCUGAUCUUAAUCAUAGCAGGAACCUUUUCCUCAAAUUCAUGUAGUGAUUUGAUGCUCAAGCUACAGGUACAGUCAGGAACAGGAGUCAUAUAGGGGCAGUUUCUGAUCCCCUCUUUAUGUAAAGUGUUGCAUAGCUGGCACUUAGAUUUAAAAACAACAACAACACAUGACCAUUACUGCCACCAGGAUACAAAACAAAUAGCAUUGAAAACUUUUGUUCAAGGAAUGGGAGGUAAGAGAAGAGUGUAGAGACAAAUUAUUGUGCCCACUUAAGUGAAAGCCCAGAAAGUUGAAAUGCAGCAUAGUUUUAAGGAUUUGGGAUGAAAAUCAUUUUAGAAGUAAAGCUGUUGCUUUUGGACUUCAAACCUUAGGACUGUAGGCAGUAUAUUUUCCCCCCCUGGUAAAACAUUUGUCAGCAUUGUUAAAUCACUUGAACUUUUCAUCUAGCUACAAAGAGUGUUAGGUGUCUUACUGUUACUGACUUAAAAUAAUUUGCUAUUGGAUUUUGCAUUGGGUUAUGUGGGAUUUUGUGGGAUGACACAAAUAACAGUACUGUGAAUAUUGCAAAAUAAUAUCCUGUUCUUUUCGCUAUGCAGUAGGGAUAGUGUGUGGUGGUUCAUGCACUGAUUAUUCUGUGGAGAAGGAACACCACCUUUUAUUUAAGAGCAGGGUAACUAAAAGCUGCUUUUUAGUUAUUUAAAAUAAUAUGGCUUUCAGAAGAAAUGUAACAACCUAUUUAUUUGAUGCAGUGUUGUCAUGGAGACUUGCCUGUUUUAAAUAUAAGGUGGGCUAUUAGAUCCAUUUUGGUAAAACUAGGUCAUUGUUGUGAAAAGCUUGAAAUUACAGGCUUGGAGGGACUUGCUGUGUGAUCUUCACUACAAGGCAUGAAGGAUGCAUAUGUUUGAUAACCUAAGCACCUGUUUUGCUGGUGGCGACAAACAGGCCAAUCAAGCCUUCUUUCAGGGGGGGAAAAUCAGGAAGUGUGUAUAUUAGGAUGGCUUUUAUAUUGUGUGGCAUGCAGACAUUCGAUGAUCUAAAUAAGCACAUCAUGCGUUCACAUAAACCACAUAGUUAACAGUCACAGACAAUUCUAACAGUAAAGUGGUAUUCAUAAUAAAAUGGUAGUUCUAAUCACGGGUUGGUAUUUUGUCUUGCCCCUUAGUUUGUGUUGUUAUUUCCCCAAACUGGCAAAAGAUAAGCCCUUAUAUCUGUUUGGUGUCAGCAGUGUGCCAGGUGUUGCUCAGACCUAGACCUAUAGAAGGGAUUGUGCUCCUACACUGAAACAGUUUCUUGCCUAGGUGACUUGCAGUGAAACAACUUUUGAACAGGCAUGCUGCUCACAGCUUCCAGCUGUGGCAACAUGACUUGUGUAAGGCAAGCAGGGUGGAAUUGAAUCGCUCUGCCUCAGUUGUCUUAGAAAAUCAGGGAAAUUUGACUUUGAUACAAGUUUUUGUCAGUGCAAGGCUAUGUUAAACUUGUUCAAAUGUGGAUUGUAGGCUGUUGCUUAAUUCAGGUUUCUAUUGGACAAGGGUGGCCACUUCUAGCUGGAAAAAAUUGCACAGAAUAUACAAAUUUAGAAAUAUUUUCCAUAAUUUAAGUGGAGAUGCAUCUCACCAUCACUGGAAAGUCUGUGGGAAUCAGGUGGCCUAUGUGCCUUCUCGGUCUGCUGUCCUACCGCUGGCUAUUAGUAGCCAACUUCAAGGGCCAUAAUCUCCCUUCAGUCUUUCAAAUAGAGGUCUCCUUUAAAUUGAGCUCUGUUCUCUAACAGCUCAUCAAAUAGUGGCUAGUCCAUUGUAAAGAAAGACCCAUGCCCAACUAGAAGAUACUUCAAAAGUCAUUCAAUAUUAUUCUAGAUCUCGCUGAUUCAUUUGGAAAGUUGGUAAGAUGCUUUGUUAAAUUCUUGAUGUGCAAUACCGUUUUCAUAUUUGCUGUUUAAUCCUCCAGAUUAGUUUGUGAUUUUCCUCCUUCUCUCCCCUCCCCCCUCAAAAAAAAUCUUUAUUUUUCUUGUCUUGGUGAUUUACAACAUUCAGGCUAUACUGUGGGUGCUUUUUAAAACUCUGAAUUGACAGUGAUAAAUACCUUCAUUUGACAAACUCAGCUGUUUUAAUAAAAGUGAACACUGGUGAGUGGGGGAAAAUGCAUGUAUACAAUUUUCCUGUCAGAAUAAAGAUGGGAAGAUAAAAGUAAUUUUACUUUCCUUUUGCACACUUUGUGCUGUAAAGCUUCAGCAGUUUUGCUUAUCUGUGUGAGGCUAACUUCUUUGCAAAGGAAACAAUCUCAGGUUAUCAGUGUUUUGGAAAACUGAGUGCUUUGUCUUUUGUUGAUAUAACUGGUGCAUCUUUCAGUUUUCUGUGUGAAAAUAAAAAGCUUUAAUUUACAAGUUGUUGUAAACCUUUUAAAUAGCUUUCCACAUCAAACUCAUUUUUAGCAAUUUUAUUUUCUAUAACCUAGGUUCUUUUUAAAUUUGCAAAAAGAUUGUCAAUAAACUGAUCCUCUAGGGCAUUACGACUGGGUUGUCAUCUCUUUCAGAGGACUUGACAUAUUACAGGUAGUGUAAUGCUAACCCCUGAUUUUGAGUGCUGAAGAGGCUUACCAUGUGUGAGUAUGUCCUUGAACCCCUCCUGCAAAAUACUGAUCAUCUGGAGGGAACCCUUUCAUAGCUUGCAAAAAACUAACAUAUUGCAUAUGAGGGGUUUUUGGGUGGUGGGUGAUUUUUAAAGUAGUGAUCACUGGGACUGGAUCAGUCUGAGUAGCUGUAGAAUUUAUAAGAAUAUCUAGAGGAUUUAUAAUAAUAUAACAACACUAUUAAAAUAAUUCAAAACAAUUCACAACAGAAAAAUAUGAAUUAUUUUAGCAUUAUUUACCACAGAUAUUUUCUGUGUUUUCUGUGUGAAAUUCCUUCCUUGGUAAUUGAUUCACAAGGCUACAUAAAAGCAGUUUGUAAAUAAACACAUGCAUUUGUUUCUUUGUGAGUCAACAAGCAUGUGGACAGGGGUGAUCUAGGAGACCUUCUGUACUUAGACUUUCAAUGUUUUUAAACCAAGUCCCUCACCCAAGACUCCAUGAUAGUAUCCUAUUAUGGGAUAAGAGGGUGGGUCCUCAUUUGGAAUAGUAAUUGGUUAAAGCACUGGUCUUCGUGGCCUGAUCCAAGGUGGGUCGCAACAGGAGCACUAGCACCAUGCAAAUAUAAGGUAAAAGGUUAGGAAAAGGGUCUCACAAUGCAUGUUUGGAUUAAAAGUGGGCCCUGAGUCUGAAAAAGUUGAAGACUACUGGGUUAAAGAACAGGAAGCAGAGUAGGAACCUACAGGCAGAUUUCACAAUUGCGGCAUGUAAGUAGGUAGGGUUCUCCAGGAUCUGUAUUGAGAUGGGUGCUUUCUAACUUGUUCAUUUUUAAAAAAAUAUUAUUUGCAUUUUCAAAACAGGAACAGAGAGCAUAUUUAACCCCCCUCCCUUCCCUCUCCCUGUCCCACUUACAACCAUACCAAAUACAGCAUAUGUACAUAUACCAUAUGACUGUCCUUCCAUACUUUUCUUGGUUCCUUUUGCUUUUGUACUACUCCAUGUGAUCCACCUCUUUUUAAUCAUUCAAUUUGCUAGAAGGGGGGUUAUUUGAUAAGGUCCAAUGAAGGGAACGCAUAUGGAGUUAAUAGAUCUAUGGAGAUUUAAACACCUAACAGAACGUGACUGUACUUUCCGUUCAAGAUAUCAAAAUAGUUCCAAUAGACUAGACAUGGUGUGGGCCUUCAAAGACACUCUUCUAAUUUAUUUUUUUGUAGAAAGACAAUUCUUGUUCAUUUGGGGCAUUUUUCCUACGAUUACCCAUCUUUCCUCCUCUAUUUUAAUCUCUACUAAUAUUAUACUGCCUAACUUGUUCAUUUUUAUUUUUCUGGAGUUGAUGUGAGGUGGUCCAGUUUUCAGAUGACAUGUAAUUAUUCACGAUGGCAGCUUUCAGGGGAGAAUAAGGCUCUGAAUGGUACCUGCAGAGGCAGCAUGAUUCUCUGCACCAGUUCCUUGGGAACAGAAAUGAGGCAAGGGUAUUUUGCUCAUGUCUUGUUUGCAGGCUUCCCAUAGACGUCAUUUUGUCCAUGGUGAAAACAGACUGCUAGUCUAGGUGUUUGAAGCAACGGUGUGAUUUUACAUGUUUGUUUGAAAAUAAGGGCCUAUUAUGUUCAGUGGGGCUUAUGCUCAGAUAAGUGUACAUAAACCCUUAGGCUGAAAUCACAAACACUUACUUGAGAGUAAGCACAACUCAACAUGGUGGGAUUUACCUUCAAGUAUACAUGCAUAGGAUUGAGUUGUUGCACGGGUAAAACCAACAGCCAUCAAACAACAUGAAACUCUGAAAUGCAAAUGACUCAUUCCUACCUUCACAUACUGUGGUUUGUUCAAUUGUAUCUGAGGGAUUGGUUCUUGAAAUGGAUUUUUUUUCCUUUCAGCAUCUUAGAUAAUGAUGAAGAAAUAUACUGCCCUGAUGAUUGUGAAUUUGCAAGCAAGAAAAGGAAAAAGGAUCAUUUUAGGAACAAUGCAAAAUCUCAGUGUAAGACUAAACUAUUUUUUAGUUCUGAUAAUAGUUGACAGUGUAAGCUUGCUUUCCAGCGUAUUUCAGCAGAACCUAUACAUAAUGCAAAUACUUAUGUAUUUGAGAAUGCUAGAGUAGCUAAGAAUUACUUCAGUGGAAACAAAUGACAUGUGUAACAUGCUAAUCAUUUGCACUCCAUGAAAAAAGGGGAAGGGAAGGUAAUGAAAAAAUAAUCUUGGUUAAGGGUUUUGUUCUUAACAUAAUAAUAGGGAGGCUUACUUUUACCAAUAGUGAACUUUAGUAAACUAGCAUCUGUGCAAUUUUGAUUGUGGGUGUAUGUAGCCUGCUGGUGGGAGGUAAAAUCAAGAUCUCAUUUCAAAUAUUUCUAAAAUGUACCCAGGACUUACAGAAAUUUACUUGAAAAUGUGCUUCCCUUAAAUCUGAUAGAUUUUGGUUUAUUUCAUGCAUGAUUCUUUGCAUCACAAUGGCUUUCAUGAUUCUUCCAAGCAAUCAUUCGCAUAACUGUGUCUGAUGGGAUUGUUAAUUAAUGUGGUGUUGGCCAUGCUUAUCCCACAAAAUUGCUGAGAUUGGAUGUUUUUACUUCCAUUCUUGAUUAACUAUAGUUCAGUGUUGUGUCUGAGCCCUAAAUUGUGGCUAAUCUUAACUACACUUAGAGAAAACGAACUAGCAUCAAAAAUUUGGUUUGAAAUGGACUUGUUUCUGCUAACUAGGGUGAAGUCUAUUACAUGACAAACUGCAGGUAGUCAGAAGUGGAAGCUUCCAAACUCCUCUGUAGCUGCACUGGAAGAGGAGGUAGAAAGAUCACUGACUUGUCUUUGUAACUCUAAACCAUGGCUUUAGGCAGGGAUACACACAGAGAAAUCUGCUUUCAUAUGCAUAGUGGCACAGGUGGUCAGGACAGUAGUUUUGGUUUUUUAAAAAUUGGUGGAAAACCUUUCCCUCUCAUAUUAUUAAAGAUUGUUAGAAUCUUUUUGCAAAAUAAUUUGCAUACGAUUGCAUACUAGUUUUUGAUGGGGAAUCUUUGUCUUCUUUACUCGUAAAUCAAUACAUCUGCAGCAGAAUAUUAAAAAAGGUGUUCCUUAUCUUGCUUCCAGGCUUCUAUCGUGAAAAGUGGAUAUAUGUUCAUAAAGAAAGCACUAAAGAAGUAAGUGGUGGGCAUGAUUUAUGUGCUUUUGGUAAUUAUCCAUUUAAUUAAUCCACACACGCUAAUGUAUUUAUUAGCUAGCUGCACUCUUAUUUAUUUAGCUAGUCGGUUGGGGGGAGAGUCAGCAUGACAAAGCAGUUGCAUAGGGAAGAGUAAUUCAGAUUUCAAAGCUUCAGUGUUUCCUCAUACCUUCUAUAUGCUAGCUUGAACAUACUAAAGCACAAUACUACUGCAUAAUACUUUCCAUAUGUAGACAGAUGGAGAGAAUGGCCACUGGUGAAUGUAGGAGGCAGCAUGAACAACGGCUCCCAAAGCAGCAACUUAUUUCUUUCCUUCUACUUUCCAACCCAUAUGUCAUGAGUAUUGGGGAAAUGGGUAGCUAGGUGACUGUGGGACUGUGAUUUGUGUGGGUGGUACAUUCCAGGCUUGCACAUUUAUCCUCUCCGGGAAGGCUUCUUUUGUGACUCUAACAUGUUUCUCCCCCUCCCCCACUUUUCUUUUCAAGAGACAUGGCUAUUGCACGCUGGGAGAAGCUUUUAAUCGCUUAGAUUUUUCAAGUGCAAUUCAGGACAUCAGAAGGUUCAAUUACGUGGUAAAAGUAAGAUGCUCUUGUACUAUGUAGUUCUGUGAUUGAAUUUAACUUACUGUAAUUUAUAUAUAUAUAUUCUCUCUCUCUCUCUCUCUCUCUCUCUUAUAUAUAUAUAUAUAUAUUCUCUGUAUAUUCAAAAGGUUGCUAACGUUAAGAGAGUUCAUCUUAAACCAGAGCCAAGAAAUUGCCUCCAUUUCUCAGAUUAAAAAUUGACAUUGACAUUUAUUGUAAAGCGACAAUGUCUCAAGCAAUCAGAAAAGAGUUCUCUGGGGGUCCUUUGUGUGAUAUCUCUGAGAGUCUUACCAUGAUGCUCUUUGUGGUUCUGAACUAUUAUAGACCAGUACCAAAGGACUACUUGGCUGUACCUGUGUUCCCUACAAGGGCUUUAGACUUGUUUGUUCAGUGACAUCCCCCAUGUGUCACCUGGCAAGCUGCAUCUAGAAAAUGAAAAUUUGUCAGAAUCGGUUGUACACAAACCUUUGAGCCUGCCUAAAGCAUCUCUUUGGAUACUGGACUUUAUUUUACUCAUUUCCAUUCUGUAAACUGAUGUAUUAAACAGCUUUGGUUAGGAGUCUGCAUUUUAGUUCAUGCUGUUUUACUAUAAUUUAUCUGCCACUUUCUGCCAACAAACAAAAUGGGCCUUCAAGUGACCAAAUGUGAUCUUAUUUUUUUGUUUAGUGGCUAUUCAUGUUCCCAAAGACACGGGGAUGGUGGUGGUCAGAUUUCUCUGUCAAAGGUGACUCCUGGGAGCAGCUUUGUUUUGAAUGUAGCUCACAUUUGUAGGCUAAUGCAGACAUACUGCUGCUAAGGAUCAACUAUACUAUGUUGUGAACCACCCUGUGAUCCUGGAAUGAAGGGUAGUAUACAAAUUUAAUAAUAAUAAUUUGCUCAACCAUAGAUAGCUAAGCCAAAUAGAGAGGCUGUACAUUCCUCCACUCAACCAUCUCCCUUCUAGAGCUUGACCACAAGCCAACUAUUAUAUUGGCGGCGGCAGUAAUCACAGUUAGGGCUAAGAAGACAUUGGCACGACAACUCUGAACUUCAUGCUUAAAUGUGAACGUUGCCUGAGAAAGUGUGUUUAUGUGUGUUUAUCUUAAACAUAUACUAUGAGAAGCCUAGAAAGAGUAAUAAAAAGCCCCAUUGAACACAGUGAUACUUCACUUAUGAGUAAACAUGCUGUCACAUCUGCACAGCACUGAUCUUGCUGCCACCCUGCCCCAUGCAGGUAAGCCACAGUGACACAAAUAUCAUGAGGGCAGCUCAUCUGCCUGCCCACCUGAUUGCUAUUUCCCUGCCCCAAGGAGCUAACAAACUAAAACGUGACAUGGGAGAAAUGGAGUAAGGGAAGGGACUCUACCCCUUCCUCCCCCACCUAUGCUGUAUGUUGAGGAAUCUAAAGAACACAACUAAUUGUGGCUUAUUUGUUACACAUCUUCUAAUACACAAUUAUUAUUUUGUAGCUUUUGCAAUUAAUAGCAAAAUCCCAGUUAACUUCAUUGAGCGGUGCAGCUCAAAAGAACUAUUUCAAUAUCUUGGACAAAAUUGUUCGCAAAGGUAAGGACACAAAUUUCCACAGCUGCAAAUGACACUUUUGCAUUUUGAUCAAUUGCUGUUUAGGUUUUAAGAAAGCACUUACCUAGUAGCCAUGGAUAACAAGAAACUGCAUGCAGGUCAGUGAGUGGGGUUGUUGGAGGAGGAAUGCACUGGCUUAGUGCAGUGUGGGAAUAAAAAAGACAGCGGUGGAUCACCACAUUUGCAUGCUCCUCUCCAAGAGCUCCCACAUCUAGUUGGUCCAGCGAAGCUAUAGUUCAGCUUGCCAUGUUGUGUGAACAAGGCCAUCAUGCUGGAAACCCCAGAUCCUUGGUCCUGCCAUAUGCAUUUAUUUGCUGGGGCAGCAAUUCUUGGCUGUUACCUUUAAGAUUAUAAAACGACAAUGGAUCAGCUUUUCAGCUCUUUAAAAUAAAUGUAAAGUGUAGUAGGAAAGCAAGAAUUCUCACGUGUGUUUCUAAAUUCCCACUUGAAGUUCUGGAGGACCAAUACAACCCACGUCUAAUCAAAGACCUUCUUCAGGAGCUGAGUUCUGCGCUGUGCAUAUUAAUACGGGGCGUGGGGAAAUCGGUGCUAGUAGGAAACAUCAAUAUUUGGAUUUGCCGGUUGGAAACCAUCCUUCUGUGGCAGCAGCAGCUCAAUAAUCUUCAAAUACCCAAGGUAUACCCAACUUUUAUGGCUCUGUUAAAUGUGACGUUUGAGCUGUGAAAUCCUUUUAUCUGUGGGUGUCACCAGGGUGUCAUCUGUCUGCCUCUCUCUGUCCUCCCCCUCCUCUCUGAUACGGAAUUAUAAACAGGCAUAAAGCAGGUUUUUUAAAAAAAAUAAUCAACAUUUGUUGAGUAGAGCGGACACCAAGAUAAUUAAACUGUGAUUGUGAAAUAGGCAAUGUUUUGUUUUCAGUGCUUGAUUUCAAGACAUCAUCCUGUACCAAGUUGCUUCCCAAAAAGUACUGGGUAUCUGCUGAUCAUAGCUGUCAAGUGUCCCUUAUUUGAAGGGACAGUCCCUUAUUCCAGGGCCACGUCCCGCUGCUGUCCCUUAUUGAUGGAUGUCCCUUAAAUGUCCCUUAAAUUAUGUCCCUUAAAUUUCAAAGGAAGCAGCUCCUCUCCCUCCCUCCCUGCUGGCCAGGGAGGCUCCAACUGUGUUGCUUGGCUGUGUUGCUCACCCAAUAAGAAGUCUAAGAACGACUGGGGGGUGGAGCUUGCAUGCCUUGUGUGUGGCUAGUUAAUGCCAGCUGAGGGGGUUUUUGAAUGCUGGACGCCAUUUUGUUGCACGUGCUGCUGCAAACUUUGCAGUGCAAAGCCAGGCCGGGGAGCCUUCUUGUGUUGAGGCUGCAUAGGCCUUGUGGUGCAUGUGAUUCAGAUUCUAUUCAGUUGAACCUCUGGUUACAAAGUUGGUUGGACAGUGUUCUCGGAGCUACCAGCAUGAGUUUGACCAGACUGCAGGAGGACAGGAAGACUGGAGUGCCUGGAACAGGUGAGGCUGCAGGUCCCUUAUUUUGGCUGCUGGUCCCUUAUUUUCAAGGCUGCUGGUCCCUUAUUUUCAAAUCUGUAAGUUGACAGCUAUGCUGCUGAUAUUUAAGCCUUCAAAAAUGUACUGUGGCUGUAUGAAAAUAUUUAUUUGGUCCUCUAACGGUAUAUUUUAUAGGUUUAGUCAGAACCAUUAAAAAUGCAUUAAUAGUUGGCAUUUAGGACCAGCCCCAAAGACACUUAACUACCUGAAGCAAAGCGCAAGAUGGUGCCCCUUCCCCGUUCUGCAUACAGACUGGCAGACAGGGACAGGACAGCAUCCUCCACAACAUCUGGAUGCAGCAGAUGUUGCAGGACAAGCCACACCACUUUGGAUCCAGGCAAAUGGGUCCAAAAUUGGGGACUACUUUAACAACUGUUGCCUUUUUCUUUUCACAAUAAAGCGUAUACUCAACAAGUUUUAUGAUGAAUUACAGUGCAAUCCUAGCCAUAUCUACUGAGAAGCAAGUCCCAUUGAGUUUGAUGGGGCUUGUUUCCAGGUAUGUGGCAUUAGGGGUCUCGGGUGGUGCAGAGCCUCUUGGGCUUGCUGAUCAGAAGGUCAGCAGUUUGAAUCAGCAUGACACGGUGAGCACCCGUUGCUCUGUCCCAGCUUCUGCCAGCCUAGCAGUUUGAAAGCAUACCAGUGCAAGUAGAUAAAUAGGUAUUCCUGAGACGGGAAGACAAAUGACGUUUCCGUGCAUUCUGGCACUCGUCAUGGUGUCCCAUUGCACCAGAAGUGGUUUAGUCAUGCUGGCCGCAUGACCCAGAAAGCUGUGGGCAAGUGCCUGCUCCCUUGGCCUGAAAGCGAGAUGAGCGCUGGACACCAUAGUUGCCUUUGACUGGACUUAACCAUCCAGGGGUCAUUUACCUUACCUUACCUUUAUGUGGCAUUAGGAUUGCAACCUUCAGAUGAAUUUAGCUGUUUAGAUUUGAGUGUUUGGGGGGAGAAAACAAACACACCUAAGGCUGCUCAAACUGAAAUAGUGAGUUUACUUUUGAACUUAUAACGAACUGUUGUUAACUUGUUUUUCAGCAAGUCACCAAUGGACUUACACUCUGCGAUCUCCCUUUACAUAUGCUGAACAACAUCUUGUAUAGAUUCUCAGACUGCUGGGACAUUAUCACUUUGGGCCAAGUGUCUCCCACAUUGUAUAUGCUCAGUGAAGACAGGCAGUUAUGGAAAAAGCUUUGCCUGUACCAUUUCGCUGAAAAACAGGUUAGAGGAACUUUGUUAUUUUAGGGUUGAGAGAGGCUGUGUAUACCAACAGAAAACACAUGGGAGUGUUCUCAUGUGUUCAUUAUAAGCAAAUGUAUUUGGAAAUCAAUCCCAUUGGUUUCAGUGGAACUGCUUCCAAUUAAGAGUGCAUAUGAGUGUAAAUGCAUGGCACAGUCUGAUGUUUACUGCUCAGUAAAUCUUCCUGAAUUUGGACCUGCUCUGUAAUAAGCAUGCAUAGUCCUACAACUAGCUUUGAUCACAUCAAAUAUGUAGAGUAUAACCAUUUGUAAAUAAUAACCUAAUAUUUUUUUAGCACAGGGACUAUACCCUACAGCCCUCCAGAAUGGGCAAUGGGCAAAAAUGAUGGGAAAUAGGGGUCAACAUCUGCACAGUCUCUUAAAAUAUUUCACAUCUGACUUUCCAUUACUUUUCAUAGCUAAAUAGUUUUUUAAAAAAAUCUGAGUCAGAUGCUGGUUAAAACAGCACAAUAGCCUUCAAAUGUUACCUUUCUGUUCAGUUCUAUAGGCACCCUAUUCUGUCAGAAAAAGGUCAUAUUGACUGGAAGCUGAUGUUCUUUGCACUUCAGAAAUGUUACCCUAUAAAGGAACAAUAUGGAGAUACCUUGCAUUUCUGUCGCCAUUGCAGUAUUCUCUUCUGGAAGGUAAGAAAUGAAAUACCUAGAAUAUUAGGUUGGAAACUAUUCAGUAACUGAGGAAACAAUCAGAGGGAGGAGUAGUCUUAUAUAUAGAGUUUCCGUUUCACAAACUAGAAUAGUCUGCUGGUCUGAAAUAUGAAUAGCUUUCAAAACAAAUUCAGAAUGUAAAAGUUCAGCUUUGUAUUAUGUUUAACAAUUAAACAUUUGGGGAAUUUAUUUUUAGAGCACAUCGGGGGCUUGCCAAACACAACACUGAAAGCAACUUAAAUAUUUGCAAAUGGAAGCUUCCACUUCCUGAGCCUGUGCGUAAUAGCCAAGAGGGGGAUUACAGUGGGGGAGCUUGACUUACAGAUAGGUCUGAAAAAGUUAGUCAUUCCUUAGCUCUUGUUAUGCUGCCUGCUCCUGUGUUUUCCUUUUUAAUGAUUUGUGGUCUAAAAAGACAAAUGGGCAUUUGCAAAAAGUUUCCUUUCCAAGUUGCCUGGUUGUGAUUCUUUCUUGUCAGAUAUAGAGAUGGGGGGAGAGAUUUUAAUUCAGUUUGAAGGGAAAUCUAUUUAAUGUUAUGAAACAAUACGCAAACAAAAAUGUAGCUAUUUUCCAAAUUCAUACUUUUCUGAAUUUUGCAGUGCAGUUCUCCAGCCAAGUAAUUCAUACAAAAAGUGCAUAGAAAUGCAUAUAUUAGUGAAAAUAACAGACAAAAAAUACAGUAGAACAGGGAAAAUUUCUUUGCAAAAAAAAAUGUAUAUUAGGAGAAAAUAGCACUAAAAUGCAGGUGGAUUGUCAAGAGAAGUUUUUAAAGAGAAAAAUCACAACCUGAUAUGAAGAACGUAAGACUGGAAAAACGAGAAACAAAAAAUGACAUUUGCCUAUCCUUAUUCAGAGGUAUCAAAUAGCAAAAUAGCAAUUUUACAAACUCUUAGUUGUACAAGCUUCAGAACCAUGUAGAUUUCUCCAGUGUGAGUUUCCCUUUAAUCAUUACAUUAGAAACUCACAAAAGCUGUAUGUUCAAGGUACUCCAGUAUCCCACUUACUAGCACAUCUAGCAGCAACUGAAGUUGCUCCAAAGAAUGUAUUUACAUGUGGCAUAUAGCAGCUCUUGCUUGAAUCAUGUUUGCAGUAAGAGCAUGUGCUAGAAUCUUAUGUCUAUCUGCAUGGGCACUUAUUGGACUUUUAACACAAAUAAUACACUACAAGCUCAGAGGUAGUUGAAGAACCUCAUGUGGAAAUGUGGUAAUAAAGAAACUCUGAAAAGGGUAAAGAUAUGAGAGGCGAAGUAUUCAAUAUAAUUCAUUCGCAGUCGCUGAUGUUUAACUCUCAUAGUGUUCUAAGGUACUUGCAAUGAGAUCUCAUGUCUGCUUUCUUGGACUCAAGCUCUGUUGCUUUAGCAGAACAUGCUUCCAGGUACUGCUUUGAGGAUAUGAUGUCCGCCUACGGGCAUCUUAUGAGAAAAUCUUUGGUGUUUGAGAUAAUGAAGGUGGCCGAAUUCUUUAAAUAUCUGCUGGGGUCAGAGUGGCAAAGUAAAUUUUCCCUUUUUGUUUCCUGAUCAAGGACACAGACAUAGUGCAAAAAAAUUCUGUCACAUGAUUGAUGCCAAUUCCUGACCUUUUAUUUUUUUCAUUUUUCAUUUCUUAUAAGCAGGAUAACUUUUCUAACCAGUAAAAUUGUCUAGAUAGGAAUGCCCUGCAGAAAGCUGUUGUAUAUCUCAUGUACUGAACUCUGCUGCUUGUCAUUCUAUCCAAUAAAAUCUUCCUCUCUUUUGCGUCUCUGCCCCUCUACCUGUUUCUUCCUUCAUGACUUCCUCAAAAGGACUACCACCUUGCUUUGUUACUCAAGGUACUUUAUGUGCAUUUCAUCCUGCCUUUCUUCUGUAUCCAUGUUACAUAGCUGAAGCAAAUAAGAUUCUUGUUAAUGUAAUGUCACAGCCCUGAACAUGUUGUUCUCUCACUUAAUUGAGAUUUCUAGAAUUCUUUUCUUGGCUAUAAAAUGCUGCUUUUUAAACCUUACAUAAAAAAGAUUCAGUGUCUGAUGUAAUCAAAUGAAGUUUCCAAUGAACUCCUCUCUUAAACUUUGUCACAGGAAUGUAGCUAAUUCUCCUGAGAAGUUGUAUUAUGUUUAAAGGCUGUGUUUUUUAGGUUGCUAAUGACUAGGAAUGCUUUCAUUUAUUUAGGCUGCAAUCCUAUAUAUUUCACUUAUCCAGGAGAAAGAAAGUCCCAUUGAACUCAUUCUGGCUUACAUUGAAGUAGGCAUGGAAAAAUUUGCAUGGUUUCAGUUUUAUUUACAAGGUUUAUAUCCAUGUCAUUUACAAUGGUACCUCCGGUUGCGCACGGGAUCCAUUCCGGAGCUCUGGUCAGAUCCCAAGGUGUGCGUAUCCAGAGGUGCCACUUCUGCACAUGUGUGCGGCGCAUAGAGCACUUUUGCGCAUGCACGCACAGCAAAACCUGGAAAAAUACUUCCAGGUUUGCCGUGCCAUGUAUCCUGAAGGAUACAUAACCGGAGGUGAACGUAAGUAGAGGUACCACUGUACUAUAUAACAGAAAGGGAAUGUGCAAACAAUACAUGAAGAAGAAAUGUUUGGCAUAAGUAGUAAAAGGACGUAUAAGCAUUACAUUGUAACACCUUAUCAAACUUUUACUGGAAUCCCUUUCAUUUGUUCUGCAUCUGUCUUAAAACAGAUUGCUGCACAAAAGGGCUAAUCUUGAUGACCACCAUCGCCACCACGGGUCUCCUGCACCUCACCCUACACUGUCAAACCCACUGUGUGUUUCAGAUGAAGAACAGGGUGUAUUGCAUUCCAGCAAGCAAGCUGUAGAGCAAAUGCAUUGCCUAUACUUGCACCCUUUUCCUCAUCAUGAUAUGUCAGUAAGUAAGGAUGCAUGAUUCUUUAUACUGCCUACCUAAAGAAAAAUGUGUACUGUAUAAUGCACAAGUGCACUUUAGGAAGACCAUGCACAAGUACACUUUAGGAUGACCACAGUUCAGUGGAAGAGCUCGUGCUUUGCAUGUAAAUGUCCCAAAGGUUCAAGACCCUGCAGAUCUGCUGGUCAAUGUAGUCAAUACAAAACUAGACAGACCUAAAGGGUCUGACUCUGUAAGAGGCAGCUUACUAUGUUCUUACAGUCACAAAUGCACUUCCUUCAUGAGCAACUAUGGGAUUGGUCACUGGGUACAACUGGAGCUCCCAAGAGGCUCCAGGCCUUGCCUCAUACAUGAUUUAAAGAUAGAAGCAGGAGACCUUGAACAAGAUACGCAUCUUUCUCUCAAAACGGCACUGCUGUUGCAAUAUUUUGAUAUCUAUAAAUAGUAGCAGCUACUAUGUAUAAACUGUUGGCUUUGGAUACUGCUUCACAACCAGUAACAGUCUGCCUGCCUAUGCAAAGAGAGAAUAACUGUGCCCUUCAUUUUUUUAGGAUACAGGACAUCCCUGCACAGCCAAUGAUCCCAACAGCUGCUUCAUGCCAGUUUCUCCUCAGCACUUCAUAGACCUCUUCAAAUUUUAA